UGCACCGACCUUAUCGUCGCUGGCUCCGCUUCCGCGUCGCCCGACACCGAUGGCCGCCGCGCCUACGCCCGCCGCACCGCCGUCCCCAAUGUCCGCCGCCCUCCUCACCUUCCCCUCCUCCCACUCCUACCCUUCCCUCCCCGCGCCGCCCAAGUCCCCAGUCCCCAGGACCCCUCACCUCCACCUCGUCCCCCGCGUCGCCGCAUCCCCCGCCGCCGCCGCGGCCACCCCGCACCGCGCCGCCUCCGCUACCUCCGCCACCGACCGCCUCCGCACGCUCGUCCGCCGCGGAAACCUCGACGAUGCGCUCCGCCUGGUCGACUCCCUCGCGGGGCACGACCCGCCCUCGCGCGCCGCGGCGGGGCCCUGCGCCGCGCUCAUCAAGAAGCUCUGCGCCUCGGGCCGCACCGCCGACGCGCGCCGCGUGCUGAGCGCGUGCGUUCCCGACGUCAUGGCCUACAACGCCAUGGUGGCGGGCUACUGCGGGGCCGGGCAGCUCGACGCCGCGAGAAGGCUCGUGGCGGACAUGCCCGUGGAGCCCGACGCAUACACCUACAACACGCUCAUCCGUGGCCUCUGCGGCCGCGGCCGGACCAGCAACGCGCUCGGGGUGCUCGACGAUAUGCUCCGCCGCGGCUGCGUGCCCGACGUCGUCACCUACACCAUCCUGCUCGAGGCCACCUGCAAGAGGAGCGGGUACAAGCAGGCCAUGAAGAUCCUCGACGAUAUGCGCGCCAAGGGGUGCGCCCCGGACCUUGUCACCUACAAUGUUGUCGUCAAUGGUAUCUGCCAGGAAGGCAGGGUUGACGACGCAAUGGAAUUCUUGAAGAACUUACCGUCGUAUGGGUGCGAGCCGAACACAGUUAGCUACAACAUUGUGCUGAAGGGCUUAUUCACUGCGGAACGGUGGGAAGACGCCGAGGAGCUCAUGGCUGAGAUGGCCCAGAAGGGCUGCCCUCCGAACGUGGUAACAUUUAAUAUGCUCAUCAGUUUCUUGUGCCGUAGAGGAUUGGUUGAGCCCGCAAUGGAAGUUCUUGAGCAGAUCCCCAAGUAUGGAUGCACGCCUAAUUCAUUGAGUUAUAACCCACUUCUUCAUGUGUUCUGCAAGCAAAAGAAGAUGGAUAAAGCAAUGGCGUUCGUGGAUCUGAUGGUGUCCAGGGGCUGUUACCCGGAUAUCGUGUCGUACAACACUCUGCUUACUGCUCUAUGCCGCAAUGGUGAAGUAGAUGUUGCUAUUGAUUUGCUUCAUCAACUCAAGGACAAAGGCUGUAGCCCUGUUUUGAUUAGUUACAACACUGUCAUUGAUGGCCUUACUAAGGCUGGCAAAACAAAGGAAGCACUAGAAUUAUUGAAUGAGAUGAUCGGCAAAGGGCUCCAACCAGACAUCAUUACAUAUUCAACAAUAGCUUCUGGUCUCUGUAGGGAAGAUAGAAUUGAGGAGGCGAUCACAACAUUUUGCAAAGUGCAAGAUAUGGGCAUAAGGCCCAAUGCAGUGCUGUAUAAUGCUAUUCUUCUUGGGCUCUGCAAAAGGCGUGAAACAUACAAUGCUAUUAACCUGUUUUCUUACAUGAUAUCGAAUGGCUGCAUGCCAAAUGAAUCGACUUACACCAUAUUGAUUGAAGGAUUGGCUUAUGAAGGCUUGGCAAAGGAGGCAAGAGAAUUGCUUGGUGAAUUGUGCUCUAGAGGAGUUGUAAAUAAGAAAUUUAUGAAGAAAGGAGCCGUUAAGAUGCUAGAUGGACCUACACAAACUUAGUGAUGAUCAGUUGGCUGGUGUACAUAAACAUGAGAUUAUGUGUUUGUGCAUCUUUUGGCAGGGGAAUUUCUUGACAGCGCAAUUGUGAUAUCUUAAAUGAUUCCACUUUCUUAUUAGCAUUGUUGAAAUGCUACUGGGAGGCAAUUUUCUUGGAUUGAAAUCAGAAAGUGCUCAAACAUUGACCCUCAGCAGCUGUAAUCUGGUCGCAUGCUUUUUUUUGUAGUGUGAACAUGAGCCUUACGCAUCGGUCAGCAGCUGUAAUCUGGUCGCAUCUGCAACGCACUAGGGCAAUAUGCAAACAGCUGAUGAGCUUCUAAGUUUUGAGACUGCAUGUUCACUAUAUGUAGUAGUUUUUCCAGUCGCAAAGCUAGUUUUGAAUUUACAUAAGCUAGUUUUGAAGUUAACAGAGUUUGCUCUUUCUGACGAGUUUCUACUUCGUCAUAGAUCCAAGCAACUAUAUUAUGAAAACCAGCCAAUGGGCUCCUGCUCUGAUUUAGUUUCAUUCUUGUGUCUCUGGCUGUAUUUCAUCUGGAAAUAUUGCAAGAUUGCCCUCCUCUCCGUGAUCGAACUCAGAUGGUGUCAUAUCAAAAGAUGUGCUGGGCAAUGCUUGUCAAGUGUUUUAGAAGGAAGCCAGGAAAGGGCAGUUGAACAUACCAAGGUGUAAGCGUGUAACAGGACAAUUGCACAUAUUAUUCAACACACCAGUUGGUACUUA